ACGAUGAAGGUUCAAGCUCUUACUGCCCUCUUCUUCCUCCUGGUUGCAGCGAACGAAGCCAAAGUAAUGAAGAAAUGUGAACUGGUCAAGAUACUGAAACAGCACGGCAUGGAUAAACACGAAGGCUACAAACUGGGAGACUGGGUCUGUAUGGCAUAUCAUGAAAGCAGAUACAAUACCAAGGCUGUGGGGGCCCCAAAUACGGACCGCAGCCGAGACUAUGGGAUUUUUCAGAUAAACAGCAAAUACUGGUGCACUGACGGAAAGAAUCCAUCAAGCAAUGGCUGCAAAAAACCCUGCAGCAGUUUCACGAAUGAUAACAUUGAAGACGACAUCGUGUGCGCUAAGAGAAUUGUCCGUGACCCCCAAAAGAUGAACGCCUGGGUAGGAUGGGUGAAACAUUGCAAAGGAAAAGACCUCUCACAAUGGACUCAGGGCUGCAAAUGA